AUGGCACCACCCUCAAUCCUCGUCCUCGGCCUCGGCGAACUCGGCCACGAAGUCGUCAAAAGCCUCGCCCACCACCCCAAACGAGGCACCACCACCCUCUCCGUCCUGCUACGAUCCCAAAACCCCACCCACCUGCAACUCCUCCGCGCCUGGAACAUCACCCCUGUCUUCGCCGACGUCGUGCAGGACUCCCCCGCCACCCUCGCCAAACUCUUCAGCAACUACCACACCGUGCUCUGCUGCGUAGGAAUGUACGCGCCGCCAGAAACGCAACCCAAAAUCGCUCGAGCCGCGCUGGAAGGCGGUGUGCAGCGCUACUUCCCCUGGCAGUACGGCAUCGACUACGACGUCGUCGGACGGAACAGUUCGCAGAACCUGUUCGACAGCCAGCUGGACGUGCGGGAGCUUUUGCGGGGGCAGAGCGCGAUGAAGUGGGUGAUUGUGUCGACGGGGAUGUUUAUUUCGUUUUUGUUUGAGCCGGCGUUUGGGCUUGUUGGGGAGGGGAGGGAUGUGGUUAUGGGGAUUGGGGGGUGGGGGAAUGAGAUUACGGUUACGGCGCCGGUGGAUAUUGGGCGGGUGACGGCGGAGAUUGCGUUGGGGCAUGAGGGGGUGGAGGGGGUGGUUUUUGUGUCUGGGGAUACGGUUUCGAUGGGGCGGUUGGCGGAUGUUGUUGAGGGGGUUAUGGGGAGGAAGGUGGAGAGGGUGCUGAAGACUGUGCCUGAGUUGAAGAAGGAGUUGGAGGAGGCGCCGGAGGAUUCGAUGAGAAAGUAUCGGGUAGUGUUUGCGGAGGGGAAGGGUGUUGCGUGGAGUAAGGCCGAGUCUUUUAAUGAGGUUCAGGGGAUCACGACGCAGACUGUGGAGGAGUGGGCGAGGGAAAAUCUGAAGAAGCAGUGA